UUCCACGCCAUCCGCUCAAGAACGGCCUCCUGGCUGCUUCUGCUCAGUAUCCCGGUUCUCCCAUGAUGCCUGGCGGGGCCCAGGGGCUGGCCAGCUUCAGGAUGCCGGCCCCCGGAGGGCCCAGCCUCGCUCCCGGGCAGGGCCCCGCCUCCGGCCUGGGCCCCGCCCCCGGCCUGGCCUCGGCCAAUCAGUCAGCGGCAGGAGAGGGGGAGCAGGACGCUCUGUCCACCGCUCAGAGGAGCAUGUUGAAGUGGGAGAAGGAGGAGAGUCUGGGAGAGUUGGCCACCGUCGCUCCAGUGCUCUACUGCAACACCAACUUCCCUCAGCUGAAGCUGCAGUACCCAGCCUUUACCAAGACCGUGACGGUCAACGGUCAGGAGUACAGCCUGCAGCUGGUCCACACGGCCGGCCAGGACGAGUACUCAAUCUUUCCUCAGACUUACACCAUUGAUGGUGAUGGUUACAUCCUCAUCUACUCUGUUACAUCCUACAAAAGGUAA